UAAUCCUCAAUGUGUAAUUUGCGGCGAUGUUUUAUCAAGUGAGAGUAUGAAACCGUCAAAGCUUAUGCGGCAGCUCACAACCAAGCAUCAAAAAGAAGCUGAUAAGCCGUUGGAUUUCUUUGAACGAAAGUUGAAAGCUCUUAGUCAGCAGCAAAAUACUAUAAUUCAGGCAUCCAGUGUCAACGAGUCAACAUUAUUAGCUAGCUACAAAGUCGCAUAUCGAGUUGCUAAAUCAGGGAAACCACAUACAAUUGCCGAAAAUCUUAUUUUGCCAGCGGCACUCGAUAUGGUUGAAAUUAUGGUUAGUAAGCAGGAGGCAAACAAAUUACGAAAAGUACCACUUUCUGACAAUACUAUUUCUUCUUCUUAAUUGGCGUAGACACCGCUUACGCGAUUAUA